CCCUCUUUCCACCCGUUUUAAAAUCGUUCGAUUUGUUAGUUAAUAAUAAUUUUUAACAAAAAUUUUGUUGCAAUGUGUGAGCUAGUCGGCUCUGAAACGACGACCACCACCAUCACCAUCAACCAGAACCUCCCCCUCCCAUUCAUUUGCAGCGGCGCUCAGUGACAGCCGCCUACGGCUCAUCGAUCGCCCAGCUAGCCGGCACACUCUACCGCUGUGGAUGAGUCUCGCUACCCAUCGCGCAACGCUGUCUGAACAUCGCAGCGCCCGGCUAACGAAGCGGAGGUGGCCGGGUGUCUGCGUGGCCGGAGGGCAGACGCGGAGCGACUUGGCGGGGCGAGCGGGGGCACCAUGGCUCCUCCGCUGGACGACCUCGUGGCGAGCGUCUCGCUGCACACCCUGAAGCCGCUGCCCCUUCGUGGCUACGCCGGUCCCUUCGUCGCCCUGUACGCCGCGUGGCUCUACGCGUGGCUCACGGCCGCUGACGCCGUCGCCGCCGACACCGCCGACACCGCCGCCCUCGACCGGACCGAGGGAGCCACCGAAUCGAGCGGGGGUGGGGGCCCCGACGCGGUGGAGCUCGACGGAGGGGAACACGACGGAGGGGGCCUCCUGCUGCUGGUGGCCGGGGCGGCGACGGUGCUGCUGCACGUGCUCACGGCGCUGUCGUGCCACUGGUCCGUGCACGUCCGCUGCGCACUCACGUGCAGGAAGGAAGAGGACCCUAAGAAGGCGACGUGGGUCAAAGUCGUUCCAACGCCGAACAACGGCUUUGCCGAACUAGUGCCUCUCCUCCACGACUCGGGGAGGAACGGAGGAGGCGGUGGCGAUGGCGGUGGCGAAGUGGUGGAGGAGGAGGAGAGCGUCGCGUUCGAGUUCCAGAAGAUCAAGUACGUGUACGAGGGGCGCGAGAAGCGCCGCUUCCAGCCGGUCGCCUUCCCCGUGGCACUGGCGCUGUCCGACUACCAGAGCGCCCGCGGCUUCCAGGAGGAGGAGGCGGCCGCGGCCGAGCGGACCUACGGCAAAAACAAGGCCGAGAUGGUCGUCCCGGACUUCAUGGAACUCUUCAUGGAAAGGGCCACGGCGCCGUUCUUCGUGUUCCAGGUGUUCUGCGUGGGUCUCUGGUGUCUCGACGAGUACUGGUACUACAGCAUCUUCACGCUGGUCAUGCUCGUGAUGUUCGAGGCAUCGCUCGUGCAGCAGCAGCUCAAGAACAUGGCGGAGAUUCGCAAGAUGGGCAACAAGCCGUACGCCAUCCAGGUUUACAGAAACCGCAAGUGGAGAGCGAUCAUCACCGACGAGCUCAUUCCCGGCGACAUCGUCUCCAUCGGUCGCUCACACCAAGAGAUACUCGUCCCGUGCGACUUGCUGCUGCUGCGCGGCAGAUGCAUUGUGGAUGAAGCGAUGCUCACCGGGGAGUCUAUCCCGCAGAUGAAGGAGCCGGUGGAAGAGCUCGACCCCGAGCGGGUGUUGAACCUGGAGCAGGACUCGAAGCUGCACGUGAUUUACGGGGGCACCAAGGUGGUGCAGCACACGCCGCCCCAGAAGGCCUCCUCUGGCCUCAAGCCCACGGACAACGGAUGCGUGGCGUACGUGCUGCGUACGGGAUUCAACACGUCACAGGGAAAGUUGCUGCGCACGAUCCUGUUCGGGGUGAAGCGCGUCACCGCCAACAACAUGGAGACCUUCGUCUUCAUUCUCUUCCUGCUGGUGUUCGCCAUCGCCGCCUCGGGCUACGUGUGGCUGGAAGGCACGAAGGACGCGAGCCGAAACCGCUACAAGCUCUUCCUGGAGUGCACGCUCAUCCUCACGUCCGUCGUCCCUCCCGAGCUGCCCAUCGAGCUCUCCCUCGCCGUCAACACCUCGCUCAUCGCCCUCGCCAAGCUCUACGUGUACUGCACGGAGCCGUUCCGCAUCCCCUUCGCGGGCAAGGUGGACAUCUGCUGCUUCGACAAGACGGGCACCCUCACCAGCGACAACCUCGUGGUGCGGGGAGUGGCGGGCCUCAAGGAGGGAGGCGAGGUGACGCCGAUCGGUAACGUGCCGCUGGAGACCCACUGGGUCCUCGCCACGUGCCACUCGCUCGUCCAGAUGGAGGACGGCUCUCUGGUGGGCGACCCCCUGGAGAAGGCGAUGCUCACCGCCGCCGACUGGACGCUCACCAAGACCGACGUUUCGAUUCCGCGGGGGAUGCGCGCUAAGCCCAUGCGGAUCCACCAGCGCUUCCACUUCACGAGCGCCCUCAAGCGGAUGUCGGCCGUGGCCUCCAUGGAGCGCCACGGCGCCACCGACCUGGUGCACGUGGCCACGGCCAAGGGGGCGCCCGAGACGCUGAGACCCAUGUUUGCGGAGCUGCCCAAGUGCUAUGAUGAGGUCCACUCCGAGUUCUCGCGCCAGGGCGCCCGCGUGCUGGCGCUCGGCUACCGUGAGCUCGGCUCACUCAACCACCGGCAGGUCCGUGAGCUGAGCCGGGAGGAGGUGGAGAAGAACCUGAAGUUUGCGGGGUUCGUUGUCGUCUCCUGCCCGCUGAAAAGCGACUCAAGAUCCGUCAUCAGGGAAAUCCAGCAGGCGUCACACCGGGUGGUGAUGAUCACGGGCGACAACCCUCUCACCGCCUGCCACGUCGCCUCCGAGCUGAACUUCACACGUCGAGACAAAACCCUCGUCUUGCGCGGUCCUCAGGACGCAGCCGGAGGCGCGGAGGCCAAGCCCUGGCGGUGGGAGUCGACAGACGGCGCCGUGGCGCUGCCGGAGGUCCCGGACGGCACGGAUGACUUUGUGGGGACGUACGACCUGUGCGUGACGGGGGAGGGGCUCGCCAGGCUGGGCUCGGAGCACGCGGCUCUGCUGCGGAGGCUGCUGCCCCACGUGAGGGUGUAUGCCAGGGUGGCCCCCAAGCAGAAGGAAUCCGUGAUCACCAGUCUCAAGAGCCUGGGCUACGUGACGCUCAUGUGCGGGGACGGGACGAAUGAUGUGGGAGCGUUGAAGCACGCCGAUGUCGGUGUGGCGCUGUUGGCCAACGCCCCGGAACGAAUGCCGGAGAGGAGACCGAAGAGAGGCCGGGAUGGAGAAAUCGUCGACGCUAAACACUCCUUGGCAAACAGCGCCGGAUCACUCACGCCGCCAUCAUCAUCAUCGGCGGCGGCGGCGGUCUCCGCCAACACCGGACCGGCUAUCGCGAAGACCCAAACCGGCCGCUCGGCAAAACACCGGGGGAACUUUGCCCAGAAGAGGGAAGAUCAGCUGGCGUCGCAGAAGGAGCGUCUCAAUCAGCUGUUGCGGGAGCUGGACGAGGAGCAGCACCAGGUGGUGAAGCUGGGAGACGCGAGCAUAGCAGCCCCCUUCACCUCCAAACUCUCCUCCAUCCAGUGCAUCUGCCACGUGAUCAAGCAGGGCCGCUGUACGCUCGUCACGACGCUGCAGAUGUUCAAGAUCCUGGCGCUGAACGCGCUGAUCCUCGCCUACGGGCAGAGCGUCCUCUACCUCGAGGGAGUGAAGUUCAGCGACUCGCAGGCCACCCUGCAGGGCCUCCUCCUGGCCGGGUGCUUCCUCUUCAUCUCGCGCUCCAAGCCGUUGAAGACGCUGUCGGGCGAGCGGCCUCUGCCCAACAUCUUCAACGUGUACACGGUGGCCACGGUUCUAGCCCAGUUCGCGGUGCACUUCUGCAGCCUCGUCUUCCUCUACCGGCAGGCGGGCACGCUCAUCCCUCCCAGGUCAGGAGCAUUUGUGGACCUCUACAAGGAGUUUGAGCCGAACCUGGUGAACAGCACUGUCUACAUCAUGUCUAUGGCGAUGCAGAUGGCCACGUUUGCCAUCAACUACAAGGGCCACCCGUUCAUGGAGAGCCUACAGGAGAACAGGCCGCUGCUGUGGAGCAUCAUCCUCACGGGAGUGGCUGUCGCUUGCCUCGUGACCGGCGUGUUGCCUGACCUAUCGGCGCACUUUGAGAUCGUCGAAUUCCCCUACGAGUUCAAGUGGACCAUCUUCCAAGUUCUCGUGGCCGAUUUCGCCUGCUCCUGGCUCGUCGACCGGCUCCUGCAGAAGCUGCUGGGACACGGCUCCAUGCGCAUCCCCGUCUGAGAUGUGUCCCCUCCACCUCCACCACCACCACCACCACCACCCCCCUCAUCAUCGCUGGGGUGCUCCUGCCAAAGCGGCCCCCCCCCCACUACUUCCUUGACCCACGCCGCACCACCGCCGCGCCACCGCCGCGACGGCCAAUCCCGAAGACAACCGCCGAGGUCACGACCUCGGCGGUUGGUGCUGUCGAUGUGACCGCACACGCGCACACACACACGCACACACACACACACACGCACACACACACACGCGCACCACACAUGCACCACGCAUGCACACACACACACAU